AUGGCUGUUACUCUCGAUUUGGAAGCUGUCACUGCAGCAAUCUCAGGAAUGGGAGUUGAUGAGCAAGCGUUGAUAAGCACACUAGGAAACUCGCACAAGGAUCACAGAAAAUUGUUUAGGAAAGCAAGCAAGACCUUCUUUGUGGAAGAUGAGGAAAGAGCUUUUGAGAAAUGCGAUGAUAACUUCCUCAGACAUCUCAAGCUUGAGUUCUCUCGCUUCAAUAACGCGGUGGUCAUGUGGGCUAUGCAUCCAUGGGAGAGAGACGCAAGGUUGGUCAAGAAAGCAUUGAAGAAAGGAGCUGAAUGUUACAACCUCAUCGUGGAGGUGUCUUGCACGCGCUCCUCUGAGGAUCUCUUAGGAGCACGUAAGGCUUAUCACUCUCUCUUCGACCAGUCAAUGGAAGAAGACAUUGCCUCCCACGUCCACGGCUCUCAUCGCAAGCUGCUUGUGGGGCUCGUGAGUGCUUACAGAUACGAAGGGAACAAGGUGAAGGAAGAUUCAGCCAAAUCCGAUGCUAAGAUUCUUGCCGAGGCUGUGGCUUCCUCCGGAGAAGGAGUGGUGGAGAAGGAUGAGGUUGUUAGGAUCUUGAGCACAAGAAGCAAACUUCAUCUUCAACAUGUUUACAAACAUUUCAAUCAGAUCAAAGACUCUGAUCUUCUUGGGGGUGGUGUAUCUCAGUCUUCGCUCCUCAACGAAGCAUUGCUUUGUUUGCUCAAACCCUCUUUGUAUUUCAGCAAGAUUUUGAAUGCAUCUUUGAACAAAGAAGCGGACAAGGGAACCAAGAAAUGGUUGACAAGAGUGGUAGUUACAAGAGCGGAUCACGUUGAGAUGAAGGAGAUCGCUGAAGAGUAUAAUCACCUCUAUGGUGAGACUUUGGCCCAAAACAUUCAAGAGAAGAUCAAAGGGAACUACAGAGAUUUCUUGCUCACACUUCUAUCCAAAUCCAACUGA